AUGAUUUAAUAAGAAUAAUUAUCCAUAUUAGAUGGGCUGAAAUAUAUAUAUGAUAAGUAGAUACCUUUACCAGAUAAAAUAUUAGAGAAAUAAACAAUUUUAUUUUAUUUUAAUCUUACAGAAAAUAAUCAAAUUUAAGAGCAAUUAAAACAACUGGUAACAGAAGAAGAAUCUUGGAUUAAUGGUUUCACAGGAAGCUUAAAUACUGAAUCCAAAAAUAAAAACAAAGUAUAUUAUUUUUAUAAUCUAAUAAUUAAAUAAAAUAACAAUCUAGACAUUAAUAUUAAAGAAUUAAUUAGGAUAAGAUUGUUUUUAUAAAAAUAUAUUUCUCUAUUCAAAACUUGUCAUUUUAAAUUAAUUUUUCAUAUGGAUAUUCAAGAAAAUGAUGAAACUUAACUGAAAGAAAAAAUUUUGAUAAAAGCUUAUAAUUUAUUAGAUGGAUUUCGUUUGGAAAUUUCUUAUCUCAUAAUUUUAAAUAGCUAAAACAAUUUUCAAUAUAUAAACAUUAUUUCAAUGAUAUCAGAUUCAAAAAUAAAUUCUUCUAAAAUAGAUUUUCUAGAAAGUCUAAAAAAAAUAGAUUAAACUAUGUUUUCAAAGAUAAAUGAUAUUGAUGAGUAUAAUUUUUUUUUUAAAAAAGAACACAUAACAAUAGGAUUCAAAUCUUAGCAGUAUAUCUAAGAGUAAAUUAAUGUAAUUCUGAAAUCAUUUAACACUUAACUAUAGUAUCUCUAAAACAAUUUAUAAUAAUUAUAGGAAUAUCCAAUUGAUAGUUAAAAUGAAAAUAAAAACUAAAAUGUUAAAGACUAUGAUAAAAAUUUAAAAUUAUUGAUUAAGGAGAUGAGAUAAGUAUUUAAAGGAAAUCCUAUUUUUUUGAAUUUAGUAGACUUAAUCCCUUAAAUAUUGAAUAAGUAUAAAGACAUGAUAAUAGAUAAAUUUAAAUAAAUUUUUGAAACGAAUAGAUAUUUGCAAGAUUAUUUGAAUUCAAAUGAAAAAGGUUUAAUGUAGAUAAUGGAAAAUUUUCAAUUUGAAUUUAGACUUAAUGAAUGUGAUAAAGAAAUUAUGAUAUACUUUUCAGGGUAUUAUGAUGAGGAUGAAUUGCAAUAAACAAUAUUUAAUAUAUAAUAUAAAAUUGAAUACUGGUAUAAGUACUUUGAUGAGCAUAAUCUUUAAAGUUUAACAAUUAUUAGGAGGUUAUUAAAAGAUGCAAAUAUUUUUAAAGAAUUUAAUGAAACAAUUGUAUUUGUAGUUGGACUAACAAAAGUUGGAAAGAGUACCUUCAUAAAUAUAUUGGAUAAUCCAGAAAAUAUUAUUGUAACGAAAGAUAGAAAAUUCGAUGUAAAUAAUUAAAACAACUAAUUUAAAAUUUCGCAUGAAAAUAAUAGUGAAACUUAGAAACUUGAAUAUAAAAAAAUUAAUGAUUACAUCUUAGUAGAUACCCCUGGGAUUUUUGAUACUAAUGAAGACAAUAGAAUUUAUAAUCUUAUCAAUAUUUUCAAAUCAAUAAAAACCUCAAAAAAGUUCAUAAUUGUUGUGUUAAUUGACGGAGAGAAACUACUUGAAAGUAAAAACGAUUUGAUAACAACAAUUUAAAAUAUUGGUUCAAUGCUCCCUGAUGAAAUUAUCUAUUCAGCUUUGAAUUCUAUUAUACUUCCUGUUUUCACAAAAUUAAAGAAUAAAUCUACUCUGGAAGAAAUUAAAAAGAAUUGGUAAUCUUAAACUAUGUAAUUUAUUAAUAAUGACAAACUUUAAAAAUUUUUAAAAUCUAUUAAAGAAUAAAUUGAUAAUGGCGAUUAUUUAUAAAUUUAUGAUGUUUAAUUCUAUUCCUAAAGUAACCUUGAAAAAAUAAAGCAAGAAAGAGAUAAAUUUUAAUAGGAAGGAAAUGAAUAUUUUAUAAAAGAUAAAAUAAAUGAAUGUAUGGAAAAUAUUCAAAAAGUUUAAGAAUUAAAUCUUCAGAUAUAAUAAAUAGAAAAUAAUGAAGAAAUUUAUACUACAAUCCUGAUCUUGAAAAAUUUAAAAAUAUUAAAAGAGAGGUUUUCGAAAAAUGUUCAAUAUUAAAAGAUAAACAAAAUAAUAUUUAGAGGAUAUAACUGGAUUUUAAAUUAGAAAUACCAGAUAAUUAAAAGACUCAUUUUGA